AUGGCGGCGAGGCGGCGGCCGUCGAGACCUCGGCCGCCCGGCCACAGCUCACUGCUGAACUCAUCCGGGAUGGAAGGUGCCUACCCCAGAAACCCACCCAUCAUGGAGAGUGCCUACAUGAGGGAGGUCCAGCGGAGGAUGGACAACAGCCACAAGAGUCGACUGCACCUGACAGAACGACAGCGUGUGCAGACCGGGCUGAGGCGAGAGCAGCGGACCCCCGAGGGGCUGGGUGGGCCCUCAGCCACCGCCGGCCGCAGCUACGACAAACCGUGGGUCAGCACGAUGGCCAGUAACAGAAAGAUGGACAUUACGAACACAGGUGCCAAAGAGGUUCAGCAUUCACCCGCUUACCCCAGGGCUCCGAUCACCGGAAGAGGCGCCAAACUUCCGUCAUUAUCCAACAUCAUGGGCAAGAAGCAGAAGGUCCUGGAGCUGUCAGAGGCCCCUGACACCAAGAGCAGUGUGACCGCAGCCCCUGACAACGGGCCCUCCUUCCAGGCCCAGAGGCUGCAGCUCAAGGCCAAGAGCAGCCCGCCCCCACGCCAGGGCUCAGCGGGGGCCCAGGGCAGGAGGACUAAUUCAGGAAGCCUGUGCUGCGGAGACAAGGCCGAGGAGGAGGAGGAGGAGGAGGCGAGGAGCGGCGAGGACGAGGGGCAGAAGGAGCCCGGGGAGACGGGCCCAGCCUCCAGGCUGUGCAGGCAGCGCACCGGCCACAUCCUGCAGAGGCUGAGGAGGGAGAGGCUGUGCGGGGCCGGGGCGGAGGCGAGGGCGGAACCCCCCGGGUCCCCGUCCACCCCCCUCCCCGCCGACCGGCUCCCCUUCUGCCUGGGGCGGAGGCCCGGGCCAGGCCGGGAGGGCGAGGAGGCCCAAGGCCUGUCCCAGGCUGCGAGGCCUACACUAGGCCACCCUACCUCCAGCCAGGAGGCUGAGGAGGCCCGAGGCCCGUCCCAGGCCGCGCGGCCUUCUCUAGGCCCCGCCACCUCCAGCCGAGGCACGCAGACCCCGUCCAGGCCGGACGCCCCCCCCACCAGCUGGGCGGGGGGAGCCGGUCAGCUGGUCAGGCUGCUGGCCGGCGGUCCGGCCCGCCUGCAGCCCAUCGCCGGCGGCCGGCUGGGGGGUGAGGACAGGCCUGGGUGGGGGCAGGGGGCCAGGACCGGAGCCCCCGCCGGAGGGGGCUUCCUCCGGCCGCCCCUCUCCACGACGGUGCUGGCCGUAUCCGGCCCGAGGAGCCAGGAGCUGAGGCAGCCCGCGCCGUGCCGCGAGGAGGGGGAGAGCCAGAGGGCCCCGGCUGACCCAGAGGCACUCCGGAAGCUGCAGGAGAGCCUGCUUCAGGAGGAGGAGGUGGAGGAGGGAGACCUGUGCAGGAUCUGCCUGCUGCCCGGAGGCACCCCGCUCAACCCACUGCUUGAGCCCUGCAAGUGCGUUGGCAGCCUGCAGUUCGUCCACCACGACUGCCUGAAGCAGUGGCUGCAGGCAAAGGUCAUCUCAGGGGCGCCGCUGUCCGCCGUCACCACCUGCGAGCUCUGCAAACACGCCCUCAAGCUCGACUUCGACGACUUCGACGUGCUUGAGUUCCACCGCAAGCGGGCCGCCUCCCAGGAGGAAGAACAGAUGAGCAACUCCAGCCUCUACAUGGCUGUGCUGCUGCACCUGUAUGAGCAGCGAUUCACCGAGCUCAUGCAGCUGCUGAGUGGAACCACCACCACGUACCAGUUCACAACAGCUGACUCACAGCCCGAAGGAGAUGCCAGUCAUGCUCAAAAUUUGGACCCUGAGGAUGAGGAGGAGGAGGAAAGCGGCGAUCCACAGCCCCGCCGCACCAUCACAUGUGACAGCAGCCUGCACACACUGCCCCCGAGAGAUGCGUGAAGGAAGGGGGCCCCCGCUGGUUAUAGUACUGUAUGGACAAUGUGCUAUGCAAUCGACUGUUUUCUUUUGA